AUAAAAAAUCAUGCUGUACUGUCUCUUUAACUUAGGGGGCGAGCGCAUCUGGAGCCGCAACCCUUUAAAAAGCUCAAUCCCUCGCGCGUCGCUGCUUCGAUCACCGGUCCAUUCAUAAAUAAGGCAUCGUUCGGACGAAACGCGCGUCCCGUGACGUCGGACUUUGCGCAGCCGGAGCUGAGUAAUGUCCACCUCCGUCGAGGACGCGGCUCGGGCAGCGGGAGAGAGGUCCCGUGCCUGAGCCCCCCCACUGCGGAUGGUUUUCACUUCUUCGAGCCGUCAGGAGGAGCGAGAGGAGGCAGCUCGUUUCAGCUCUGCCCCAAAACAUGCUCAUUUCCUCGCAGGGGUUUUUGCGAUAUUUACGCGCUUCCGUCCACAACAACUCACCCUGGUUGAAAUAGCCUUUCACUUCCGUCCUCUCUCUUUUUUAAUUUUUUUUAUUUUUGUCUCUCACCGCACCACCUCCUCCUCCACUCCCAGUGUUAUUUGCUGAUAAAUGAGGAGCUACGGACCUGACACACCGAUGGGGCAGUGAGUUAUGGCAGCCAAAGACGACCUGUACGCCAAAGUGACCCCGCGGAGGCAGCGCCAGAACCGGCCGAGCACCAUCAAACAUGGCUCCACUCUGGACGUACUUCUGUCCAUGGGCUUCCCCAGGACUAGGGCCUUGAAAGCUUUGGUGUCGACGGGAGGCAAAAACGUCCAGGCGGCGUGCGACUGGCUCUUCUCCCACCUGGACGACCCGUUCCUGGAUGAUCCCCUGCCCAGAGAGUAUGUGUUGUACCUGCGACCCAGUGGACCUCUGCUGCAGCAGCUCACCAACUUCUGGAAGCAGUCGCGCCUGUCCUGCGGCAAGAACAAAGCUCACAACAUCUUCCCACACAUCACCCUCUGCCAGUUCUUCAUGUGUCCAGACGAUAAGGUGGAGGCUCUCACUGAAGCUCUCCAGACCACCGUGACCAAGUGGAAGGGUCGCAUCCCCAUGCCCCUCCCCCUGGAGCGCUACAUCUCCUCAACCUUCAUUGGCCUGUUCGUGGAGGAGCAGAUGGCGGAGGUUCUGAAGGGCUUUGCUUCUGAUUUUGCCACCGAAGCAGAAUCUAAAGCAGAUGUUCACGUUGAGCCUCACAAGAAGCAGCUUCAUGUCACUUUGGCAUACCACUUCCAUGACAGUCACCUUCCAGUUUUGGAGAAGCUGGCCAAAACCAUAGACGUCUCUUCAGGUUGUGACUGGCUGGCGGUGCUUCUCUCCAGAGAUAUUCGCUUUGCUAAUCAUGAGACGCUUCAGGUGAUGUACCCGUACGUGCCUCAGAAUGAYGACGAGCUGGAGCUGUUGCAGGGAGACUUCAUCUUCAUGUCUCCGGUGGAGCAGAGCACCGCCAGCGAGGGCUGGGUGUACGGCACGUCGCUGGGCACGGGGCUGUCCGGCCUGCUGCCGGAGAACUACGUUGGGCGAGCGGACGAGUCGGACACGUGGGUCGUCCACGGGUCUUACUCCUUCCUCAACUGUGCCUCUCCAUCUGCCUCUGGUAGCUCGGUGGGUGGGCUGUUACUGGACGGACAGUCUAACGACAGUCUACUAGACAGCCUUAUGGAUCUGUCCAGCCUCACUGGCCUCUGUCCUCCUAUGCAGGUGUCAAGGCCAGCUGGUUCUCCCUCCCUGUCCAAGAUGAAGCUGUUCGUGUGUCGUCACGGCGAGCGGAUGGACGUGGUGUUUGGCAAACACUGGGUCACUCAGUGCUUCGAUUCCAAAGGUCGAUAUAUUCGCUCGAAUCUCAACAUGCCGAUCAGUCUACCGGCCAGGAGCGGCGGUCACCGGGACUACGACAAAGACUGUCCAAUUACCGUGUUCGGCUCCACCCAGGCCCGACUUGUAGGCGAAGCUCUGUUAGAAAGCCACACGACCAUCGACUUUGUUUACUGCUCUCCAUCUCUUCGCUGCAUCCAGACCGCUCAGCACAUCCUGCAGGGUCUCCAGCAGGAGGCCAAGACAAAGAUCCGUGUGGAGCCUGGUUUGUUUGAGUGGACCAAAUGGGUUUCAGGCACGUGUUUACCCACCUGGAUCCCGCCGGCUGAGCUGGCAGCCGCUAACCUGAGCGUGGACACAACCUACAGACCUCAUUUUCCUGUGAGUAAGCUGACGGUGUCGGAGCCCUACGACACCUACAUCAGCAGGAGCUUCCAAGUGACCCGAGAGAUUCUGAGCGAGUGCAAAAAUCAGGGAAAUACGGUCCUGAUUGUGGCCCAUGCUUCCUCCCUGGAGGCCUGUACUCGACAGUUACAAGGCCUCAGCCCCCAAAACUCCAAGGACUUUGUCCAAGUCGUCCGAAAGAUUCCCUACUUAGGUUUUUGUGCUUGUGAAGAAAUGGGAGAGACAGGCGUGUGGCAGCUGGUCGACCCCCCCAUCCUGCCUCUGACACAUGGACCCAAUCACAGUUUCAACUGGAGGGAAAUGUUAAUGCACGACUGAAGGAUGUGCCAUUUUUUAAUUUUUUUAUUUUUUGCUAUUUUGACUGAACUGCUUAAAUAUUUAUUUUUUUCUUUACAUUUCACUCAAACUAUCGAAAGGACAAAGAAUCACAGUCUGGCUUCCGUCAAAGACAUCAUGCAAAAAUAAAAGUCUAUAUGUAAUAUGGGCUAAUGUAUUUAGACGCACUGCUCAGGAAGAAGAAAAUAGUCUUUGUGGAGGUCACAGUGAAUAUAUGCUGCAGUUUGGAUGCUUAUCUUUAAACGUGGCACCUAUUUACAAAGAAUAUGGAGGUGCUACAGUAAUUCGAUAUUUAAGAAAUGUGACAAAUCCUUUUUUUUCGGGCAGAAGUACUCUGUGACCUUCCUUUUGGCAGACAGGAAGUGAAAAUUUUGUGCUGUGCUGCUUUCUCACACACUGUGACAAGAUUUAAUUAAGGAGGACUUGUGCCGCUGAAAUAUUUUUCCACACGUCGGAAAUGAUUACUUACCUUGUAGCGACACCCCCCCCACCCCCACCCCCCUUUCGUGAAGAGAAGCACAAAAAGAAAGGUUGACAAUCAGACAGUGGAGCUCUGACUGCCAUUGUUUCUGUUGCUGAGGUUUGGUAGUUUGUUUCACCCCUCCUUCUCUAAGUGUCAUAUCAUUUUAUUCUACAGGAGCCCACGUGAAGAUUUUGACCCAUCUGUAAAACCACAUUUUUAACGGAUUCAUCCAGAAACUGAGUUUAUACAGCAAAAAGAACAUAAUUGACAGAAUAAUGUUGCUAUGUUAAUUAUCUCCAGGUGCCUCCAUGAAAUAUUUUAACUGUAUCAUGACACGGAUGCUCUGUAAACCUUUUAGACUACCCUGCUUUUCAGAUAAUUGGUGCAUUUCAUAUAUAUAUUUUUUGUUACAUUGAAGGAUUUAAUUGCUCACUGCUUAAACCAGUUAUGUGCUGUAUAUAACUGAAAAAUUUAUUCGUACUCUAUAAGCAAAUAAAGCAAAGUUAUAGAGCUUUA